UCGGGAGCGGGCUCGGAGGCGGGUACCUCUCGGCAGUCACUGUGGCCGGAGCCGCCGGGCCGGGGGACGCGGGCAGCCGGGGCCAACCGAACAGCUUCCUUGUCUCGCCGGCCAUGGCCGCACUCGGUCGACCCUUCAGCGGGCUGCCUCUGAGCGGCAGCUCGGACUUCUUGCAGCCGCCGCCGGCCUUCCCCGGCCGGGCCUUCCCGCCGGAGGCGGACGGCGCCGAGCUGGCCCCGCGGCCAGGACCCCGCGCCGCCCCGAGCAGCCCCGGCGGGAGCGCGGCGCGCGGACGUAUUUCGGUUCACUGUAAAAAGAAACACAAGCGAGAGGAUGAUGAUAAUGAUUGUCCAGUAAGAAAGAAAAGGCUGACUGAAGCGGGGCUUUCUCCUGGUCCUAAUGACUGGAUUCUUUGUGCACAUCAAGAUGUAGAGGGUCAUGGAGUAAAUCCGUGCACUAGUGUACUUUCUCCAUCUGGCAUGUUAGACAUCAUUUGUGAAGAAAUGGAUCAGACAACUGGAGAACCACAGUGUGAGGUUGCCCGGAGGAGGCUUCAGGAGAUUGAGGACAGGAUAAUUGAUGAAGAUGAGGAAGUUGAAGCCGACAGAAAUAUUAAUCAUCUCCCCAGUCUUGUCCUUUCUGAUACCAUGAAGACAGGCUUGAAGAGGGAGUUUGAUGAAGUCUUUACAAAGAAAAUGAUUGAGUCCAUGAGCCGUCCUUCCAUGGAGCUUGUGCUCUGGAAACCUCUCCCUGAACUCCUUUCUGAUAAGCCAAAGUUGCCGUCUAAUGCUAAGAACUAUACAGGAGAGAGCCAAACUAAGCAUGCAGCUGCUGGCACUGCCUUCCCUCAAAGAACUGAACUGUUCUUGGAACCUCAGCAAACAGGGAUGUCACUUUACAAUAACUUGGAAACAGCUGCUUGCACAGAAGAAGAGAUGGAACUCUAGAAACCAGUUUCUACACUUAAGUUAUCAAAUUUUGGAAGGCUUCUUUGCUCAGCCAUCAGCCUACUUGGAGAGUGUAGGGACUUGAAAAUUUUAUGAAACGGGUGUCAUAUCUCCACCUGUGAUUUGGGGUGGGACUCUUCAUUUUGGGUAGCCAUUAUUGUCUUCAACUUUUUGCCAAGGAAUUUUGUCUCAAGGGAAAAGCAGUUUUUUAGGGGGCUUAUUAAUGGAAUCUUAGUUUACAGCCUCCACAAAGGCAAGUGUAGUAGCCAUAUGAGUACGGUGACAUAAAUCAUCUGUCACAUUGUCUAAACCAUUCAGACACUUGGAGAAUAUUCUCCUUGAAAUGAAAAAGAUACAUUAAGAAAGAAGGAUGCUUCUACUACAACUGUUUCCUAGCAGUUGAGUCACAGCUUAGUCUGUAGAUUCCUGGGAGCUCUGUUUACAGUGGUGAAUAUAUAUAGUUGGUGAGAAGGAGGGAAGAAAGCAGUAGUGUAAGCCAAUUGUUAAAAAAUUAACAGAGGCCCUGAAACUGGUAAAUUAGUUGUCAAUUCAGUAUUGCUGUAUCGAUUAAUUAGCCAGUAGUAUUGUGGCUCACCUCUUUGCCUCUGCAAUGAGAACACAAAGAAGAGGUUUUCCCUUCAAGGCUUGUUUGCCUUGUACUACUGUUGCUCCUUGGUUUCCCUUGCAUAGUUGAUAAGCCUGGUUGUUCAGUAAUGUUUACACUUAAUUAACUUUGAGGGAUAGUUUAAAAGAUUGUGGGGUAACCCAUGUGCAAAUUGGCUGUGGGAGAAGCAUCCCUUAGUUAAAUGUUAAAUCCUGAGGAAGUAUUGGGUCAACUAAACCCAACAUCAAUAACUUGUGGAGUUAAAAAAAAAAAAAAAAUUGUACCUGUAUUAACUAGUUGAGUUUUUUUAAUGUUAAUUUAGAAAACAAUGAGUAAUUA